GCGGUAAAAUGAUGGUCUUUUUGCUUUUCCCAUUCUCCUGCUCGGUACUUCGUCGCGAUCGCGCUCUCGCCGCUUUCUAAACCCUAAUUCCGGCUAUCGAUCUUCCAACUCUGGUGCCGACCUCCAUCUCCUCAGUCAUGUCGCGAGAAACGGCUGCCCGGCCGUCUCGCAGCGGCCGCAGGGCAGCCCGCACAGUGCCGGAGAACUGGGAGCGCCUCGUGCGCGCCACGUUGCAGCGGGAGCAACUUCGAAACGUUGGACAGGUCCCCAGCGGACGUCCCUCGGAGGGGAUAGCCGGAGGCCUCCCCCCGUCUCUCGUAUCCACCAACAUCGACCAUAUUCUGCAGGCCGCUAACGAGAUCGAGGACGACGAUCCCAACGUCGCUAGGAUUCUCUGUGAGCAAGCAUAUACAAUGGCCCAAAAUAUGGACCCUAGCAGUGAGGGAAGGGGUGUUCUACAGUUCAAAACAGGUUUAAUGUCUGUUAUUAAGCAAAAACUUGCUAAAAAAGAUGGAGCAUCAUUUGCUCGUGAACAUGAUAUUGAAUAUUUGUGGGACUUUUACAAACGGUUUAAGAGGCAUAAUCGAGUUGAUGAUAUCCAAAAGGAGCAAGAGAGAUGGCGAGAAUCAGGAACCUUUAGUACAGAGAUAGGAGCUAGAGCUCUUGAAAUGAAAAAGGUUUAUGCAACUUUGAAGGCAUUGCUUGAUGUUUUAGAGGUGCUAGUUGGAGAGUCAGAUACUUCUGAACUUGGUAGACGCAUUAAGGAAGAGGUAAAAAAAAUGGGGAAAUCUGAUGCAACAUUGAGAGCAGAACUUACCCCAUACAAUAUUGUACCUGUUGAUGCACCCUCUCUAACUAAUGCUAUCAGUUUCUUCCCGGAAGUAUGUACCUUCUCCUUCAUAUUGCUAUUGUAGUUUUUCUAUAAGAAAGUGUAAAAUUGUAUCAGGUG